UCCCGCUGGCUGGGAGGGCAGUCUGCUGGAUAUCAGAGUGGAGGAGAGAGAGAGAGAGAGGAAAGGAGGCUUUCGAUCUCUGCGGUGCAGAGCUGAAAAAAGCAGCUUCUCAGAACAUUUCAGACGCCCUAUAUUUAAACGUGCGCCUUUUAUUUUCCUGGAGAAAAAAAAAAAAAGAGGACUUACAGCAAGUUGCAACGAGGACUGGCGCCCGUCUCUGUGUUUCAAGAAGCUCCAGCAAGUCGAGCCGAAAAGAACUAUUGCAUGAACCAAGAACGGAGAGAAUAGAUUCAAAAGUUGGUUUCCUGCGAAAGAGCCGCGACGGCAGCAUGAGCGCAGAGCUGAACAUGGGCCCGGAACUACCCAGCAGCCCUCUGGCUCUGGAAUAUGUCAACGAUUUUGACCUGAUGAAGUUUGACGUCAAGAAGGAGGGUUUGGCUGGGCUGGAGCGCGCAGGAGUGCGUCAAUGCAACCGCCUCCAACCACAAGGCUCCGUGUCCUCCACGCCGAUCAGCACGCCCUGCAGCUCCGUGCCCUCGUCGCCCAGCUUCAGUCCCACCGAGCAAAAGAACCACCUGGAGGAGUUGUACUGGCUGCCCAGCGGCGGCUACCAUCAACAGAUGGACCCGCAGACCCUCAGCCUGACGCCCGAGGACGCGGUGGAGGCCCUGAUCGGAGCCACGACCCACGGCCACCCUCCGCCUCCGCACGUCCAGCAGCAGCUGCAGCAGCAAGGCGCCUUCGAAGGCUACCGGGGCCCUCAUCACCACCACGGCCACCACGGCCAGCAGCACCACCAUCCAUACGCGGCGGCCAUGGCGCACCACGGCGAGGAACUCUCAGCCCACCCGGGCGCGCACGGCCACGCACACGGCCAGCACCACCACCACAGCAACAACCAAGACCCGGACAGCCCGUCCCCGGUGUCCCCGGACGCCCACCAGACGCUGCACCACCACCGCCACAACAACCACCACCACCACCACCACCAUCACCACGGCCACCCGGGCCAGCCGGCGUCGCACCACGGCUCGGCGGGCGGGCUCAGCGUGGAGGACCGCUUCUCCGACGACCAGCUGGUGUCCAUGUCGGUGCGGGAGCUCAACAGACACCUGCGCGGCUUCACCAAGGACGAGGUGAUCCGCCUCAAGCAGAAGCGCAGGACCCUGAAGAACCGCGGCUACGCGCAGUCGUGCAGGUUCAAGCGGGUGCAGCAGAAGCACGUGCUGGAGAACGAGAAGACGCAGCUGAUGAACCAGGUGGAGCAACUCAAGGCGGAGAUCGGCCGCCUGGCCCGGGAGAGGGACGCCUACAAACUCAAGUGCGAGAAACUGGCAGGCUCCGGGCCCGCCGGGGGGUUCCGUGAGGCGGGCUCGACCAGCGACAACCCCUCAUCGCCAGAGUUCUUCAUGUGAGUGUGACGCAAAAAAAAAAAAAACAAACAAAAAAAACAUCCACCUUGAACACAAAAUUGACUGAUUAGAGAGCAUCAACAAACACGACCGUAGCCAACAAUUAGAUCACAAGUAACCAUCUCCAUCCAGGCAGCAUCUUUCUACACUCGAGACUUUUUUUUUUCUUUCUUCCUCUCCACAAAGACUGGUGAACUUUAUCCCUCCUCGGAGCAACUUUUACAUCUUGUUAUUAAAUGUCGUGGAGCAGCAAAAAGAAGAAAAAAAACAAAACAAGAAAAAACUCCACUUUAUGCAAACGAAACGAACCCGUCAAGGGAGGGCAUUUUAUGCAACGUCUCAUUGAUUUAUUGCCUGCUUGGUUAUAUUGGAAUAUAUAGAGAAACGGGGUGGGGGGUUGGGGGGGAUAAUCUGCAUUAAAUAUUAAUCCUGCAUGCUGGACAUGUAUGGUAAUAAUUUCUAUUUUCUACUUUCAUCAUCUCGUGUAUAUUAAGAGCAUGUUGUUGAUCUGCGCUUAUUCAUAGUUUUUUGUUUGUUUUUUUUUUGUUUUUUUUUUGGGACGGAGGGAGAACUUGCAGCAGGGAAGGAAACAGCAGGACUGCCUGUGCAGCAUCAUGGGGGGGAGGCGGGGAGGAGGGGUUAUUAUUUAGGCUUGUAAAUAUUACGCAACCGCAAAACUGCACAAGAUUGAGGAGGCUGGUUUGAACUUCUUUCUUUCUUUGUGUUCUGUUCCUCAUGUAUUUUUUUUAAUUAUUAUUGUGUUUUUUUUAAUCUUCUAUUAAUGAUGGCGUUUCUCAAGUGCGGGAUUGACUGAGAGAGCAGUGCAUCUUAAUUCCAGUUUUUUCCCCGUCACAUUUUUAAAAUACAGCAUUUGUGUGUCGAGUGCACUUUUGGAGGCUGAUUUGUGUAUUUUAUUUUUUAUUUUUUCCUGGGCAAGUUUUUGAGUUUGGACAUUUGCACAACCCCCUUUCAGGAAGAUAUGCAAAGACCCACUGGAAUGAAAUCGAAGGUUAGGUUAAUGAAGUGCAAAGAUUGAUAAUAGCAUUUUUUUUUGACACAUUGACUAUAAUUUCAAUAUUACAAUUAUUUGUAUUAUUUUAUUUAAUCCAAAGGCGUCAACAUGAAAAACCCAAAUAGGUACUUUUUAGUGAGUAAGUGCCUAAGAAUUUUUUUUAUAUAUAUAUUUGAGCGUGGUUUUAAUUUAAAUCGUCAAGAAUGCUGCAGAGGUCUUGUUAGAAAAGGUGAUGCAACGUUAGAAAUGAGUGCUCUGUGUUUUCCUGAUUUUUUUUUUUCUGCAGGACAGUAAAAAAAGGGGACUCAGGUGGUGCAAAUGCUCCAAAUGAAAACUUUAUUUUAUCUGAUAUGUUUAUGUGUCUUUGUUGUAUUAUUAUUAUUAUUGUUAUUUGAUACUUCUGGUUCUGCUGGCCAGAUGCAUACAAACAAAGUUUUUAUUUUAUUGAUUUAAAUUAACAGACUUGUCAGAUCAUAUCAAAUACAGCAUGCAUGGUGCUUGCAUUUGAAACUGUUGUCAUGCAUUUGAACAAGCUUUCGUUUUGUUGAUUCAACUGUGUUGAAAUCGAACUGAAACUGCAGCAGCGGGUUGUUGUUUUGUUUUUUUCCACUAUUUUCAUGUACUUUGUCAUGAUUGGGAUCAAUUUUCAAUCUCCUUUGUAUGAAUAAUAGUUAAAACACUUAAAUUUGAACUGUUCCAUUCAGGCUGGUUUCUGUUUCGUCUUACUUUUUUGGUUGUUUUUGGAAGAAAUGGUUUCCUAUUUUGCUUAUUAAAGUCAGUGAAAUGGCAAUAAA